UUCAAUGAGGCUCCCUAUAUUGCUGCAAUCACACACACACUCUGAAUUGCCAAGUACAGUCACUCAUACCAGCCUGUCUAUGUUGGCCAACACUACUUCAGUACAACUCUGGGGUUCUUAAACUUAAGUCCAGGGACCUGCACCUCAAAAAAUGAAGGUGGAGGAGAGAUUUAUGUAAAAUGAGGGUGUAAAAUGUGAACUCAACUUCAAGCUCAUGCCACAGCCAUGGCUACAAUCCACGGACCAGUUGUUGGUGCUUUGGUUUUGAUGACACCAUCGCAGUCAACUCCAAGGUCACAAUUUUCAAGGACAUUGUGAGUGCUACUAAAGAUGUCUGAUAGUGUUGAUAUUGAAGAGAAACCACCAGCCCCUCCCUUGAGAAUGAACAGUAGUUCCCGAGACUCUUCAUCACUGAAUCACGCCUCUAAACCGCUUCCAAUGGCUCCAGAAGAGAAAAACAAGAAGGUCCGCCUGCGCUCCAUCUUCCCCGGGGGAGACAAGACAAACAAGAAGAAGGAGAAGGAACGUCCUGAGAUAUCCCUACCCUCAGACUUUGAACACACCAUUCAUGUUGGCUUUGAUGCUGUAACAGGAGAAUUCACAGGUAUUCCAGAGCAGUGGGCGCGGCUCCUACAGACCUCAAACAUCACUAAGCUGGAGCAGAAGAAGAACCCACAGGCUGUGUUGGAUGUUUUAAAGUUCUACGACUCCAAAGAGACCGUCAACAACCAGAAAUACAUGAGCUUCACCUCGGGAGACAAGUCGGCACAUGGGUACAUAGCAGCAAACACUCUGAACCGACUGCUGUCAUCUGGGCCUCCUGUCAGCCUUAGAACCUGCAGCGCAUUAUUUGACAAGGGUGCCAAAACAUCAUCGUCAGAGCCCCCAAUCGCUCCGCCUGUGUCAGAGGAGGAGGAUGAGGAGGAAGAGGAAGAGGAGGAGGAGGAGGAAGAGGAGGAUGAUGACGAUGAACUGCCCCCGGUCAUUGCGCCUCGGCCCGAGCACACCAAAUCUAUCUACACGCGCUCGGUCAUGGAGCCACCAAAGCCUCCCACUCCUGUGAAAGAGGUGGUGACUCCGCCGGAGUCACAGGUUCAGCCGGAGAACACAUCCAACACAAUGUAUCGCCACACUGACCGCCAGAGGAAGAAGUCCAAAAUGACAGAUGAGGAGAUUCUGGAGAGACUCAGGAGUAUUGUGAGCGUGGGGGAUCCCAAAAAGAAGUACACACGCUUCGAGAAAAUAGGACAAGGAGCGUCUGGCACUGUGUAUACUGCCAUUGACAUAGCAACUGGCCAAGAGGUGGCCAUUAAGCAGAUGAACCUGCAGCAGCAGCCCAAGAAAGAGCUGAUCAUCAACGAGAUCUUGGUGAUGAGGGAAAACAAAAACUCAAAUAUAGUAAACUACCUGGACAGUUACUUGGUAGGAGAUGAACUAUGGGUGGUGAUGGAGUAUUUGGCCGGUGGCUCGCUGACAGAUGUAGUGACUGAGACCUGCAUGGAUGAGGGCCAGAUUGCUGCAGUCUGCAGAGAGUGUCUUCAAGCUCUGGACUUCCUACACUCCAACCAGGUGAUCCAUAGAGAUAUAAAAAGUGACAACAUCCUCUUGGGUAUGGACGGAUCUGUCAAGCUCACCGACUUUGGCUUCUGUGCCCAAAUCACUCCAGAGCAGAACAAGCGCAGCACGAUGGUGGGAACGCCCUACUGGAUGGCACCAGAGGUGGUGACUCGGAAGGCUUAUGGCCCAAAAGUGGAUAUCUGGUCUCUGGGAAUCAUGGCGAUAGAAAUGGUGGAGGGAGAACCGCCCUACCUGAAUGAGAAUCCACUCAGGGCGCUGUACUUGAUAGCUACCAACGGGACUCCAGAGCUGCAAAACCCAGAGAGACUGUCAUCUGUGUUCAGAGACUUCCUCAACCGCUGUCUGGAGAUGGAUGUGGACCGCAGAGGCUCUGCCAAGGAGCUGCUUCAGCAUUCCUUCCUCAAGCUGGCGAAGCCUCUAUCCAGCCUGACGCCUCUGAUUGUAGCUGCGAAGGAAGCCAUAAAAAACAGCAGUCGCUAGGGUGUACCCAAGACUGGAGCCCUGCCUGUGAUGUGUGUGUGUUCAUGGUGGCAGGGGCUUGGGUGUAUGGGGAGGUGGGUGACGUGACAGUGACAGCACAAGUUGGGGGGUUAUGUGACUUGCAGUGACAGCACAAGGACAAAAGACCCCCAGGCCUCAUAUGUAGGACGGACAUCUGGCCUUGCAGCCUCUCAGCCCAUGCUGCUAAAAAGACCUUGCCUCCUCGUUUACUUCUGCAGCACUCUGUACAUGUAGAGCAGUCCAUCACAAGUGUGUGUGAGUGUGUGGGCGUGUGUGUGCGAACUGUGCACAUCUCUUUGUGUCAUAUGUCUUGUUUGGGGGGGCAAUCGCUCCCAAACCAAAAAAAUAGGGUGAAAAAAUUGAAAAGAAAGUGUUGCAAACUAGGAACUUAAGGAAUGAAGAAGAAAAACGGACAAAACUAACGAGCCCGUGAUUCCUUCCCUGCCCGGCUUUAGGCUUGGUUUUCUUUCCUCUCGUCCUUCCGUGGAGCACGAUCAGGCCACACCUGCACCUGCAGUGACCAGCUGAUGUGAGAGAGUGACUCUGGGACUCUAGGACCCAAACUUGCCUGCAUGACCAUGGCUCUGUGGAGAAACAAUGCUACUCCUCUGCAGAUUGUCACAUCUCAAGGUGGCAUCCUUUUGUGUGUGUGUGUGUGUGAACGUAUGAAGGUGUGAAUGUAUGAAGGUGUGAAUGUGUGUAAAGGUGCAGCUACCGGGGAAAAAGGAAUAAUUUCACAUGACCUAAGCCAGCUUUAAACAUCCGUCAUUCAUCCACUUCAUUUCAGUGAAGAGAUAUCCUUCUCGUGUUUCAUCUGAGCCAACUUCUUUCAGGUUUUCAGUCUCAUGCCAUGAAGGUUACUGCAGUUAAUUUAGCAGAACUGUAAUACAUACAAUACAGGCAUUUAUUUGCAAAUUAGUCCAAUCAUUUUAAAAUGCAUGUACACAUAAACUAUGCCAAUCAUUGUGUACAAGCAUCUCAAAUUGGAUUAUCCAUACAUAUUCGGUAUGUUUGGAUUUUCUUUCUUUUUUAUUGUAACAGAAUUUGGUGAAAAAUUCAACAACUCUCUAUUAUUAAUGUCAAGCCCCUUUUUUAUUACAUCUGACAAAGAAGUAUGAAAUAUAAGGAAAGAAACAAAUUAAAUCAGAGACUUUUUUUUAUUGAUAAUUCCAUAGGAAUGUAAAUGUUUUCAAUUAAAUAU